UCCCAAACAAAAGCCAAGUUUGUGGUUUCCCUUGUGGCGAUGCCAGGUAUGCAUAACAUGUGGUUAACAUAGACUAAAAUUGUGACGUGUCGACAUUGCCUUGUACUCUUUUCCACUCAAUUGGGCAGUAUCAUGUUGCCCAUCCUUCUGAAUGGCAAGUUGCAGGAGAAAUUUGAUGGAUUCGCUUGCCUUUCGUUCCCAUUCUUCAGCUCCCUAUACAAAUACAAAUAAAAUAGGCCUAAAUUUGAGAGCCGUGGCCCUGGGACAUUCCCAGAAGCUUACAGAGAUAUCCAAUUAUAAUAGAUUUCAUGCCAAAUCGAGUCUUGUUUGUUGUUGUUCAUCUUCUGCGAAAUACGAGGUGCAGGAGGGUCCGUCCUGUAUAUUUGUGGGACCUCUCGAAACUGCUACAAAAGAUAUGCUUGAAGCUCUCUAUCACCAGGGUAACUUGGAACAUCAUUGGGCCCAUAGCUGUUUCUCGGAGGAAUGGGUGCCAUUCUUGGAUAUGUUGCUACAAGUAUUUAUGGGUCACUUGGUUUUGGCACGGGACUCUUAUUACAGUGGCCGGCCCCUGAUUCUUGAUGACAUGUUUGAUAAGGUGGAGCUAAAGCUCCGAUGGUAUGGAUCAAGGUCAGUUGUAAAAUAUCCUCGCUGCAGCCUAAAGCGGCAGUCCACAUAUGCUGAUGCCGAGGUUGAUCAUUCUCAGACUUUGGCAUUGGCUAGUAUAUGGGCAUCUCUGCUUGUAUUUGGCAUAAUAGCCUUAGUUGCUCCACCUGUCUGUACGGUGAGUGUAAUCUAUCAAGAUGCAGUACAUAUGCAAUUGACUCCUCAUUCAUCUAUGCUUGCAUCGAAGUCACUCACAGCAGCAAAUGGGAUUCUUGCAAUAGUACUGAGUUCCUCAAUUGGAUAUCCUAUUACCGUGUCUGCUGGUAGAGCGCUGCAAGGCCUCUGGAGGAAUGACUUAGUGGCACUGAAGGGUUCAUGUCCUGGCUGCGGAGAAGAGGUAUUUGCAUUUGUCAGGGCAGAUGAGUCAGUGCGUCCUAGACAUAAAACAGAAUGCCAUGUCUGUGAACGUCCUCUUGUGUUCCAUGCAAAGGUGGAGAAUUCAAUGUCAAAUCCUGGCAGUCGAUGGGUACAUGGACGUGUCUACCUGGUUGCACGACUCAAAGAUUUGGGUCCUCAAGGCUCUCAAUGAAGUUAUGAACUGAUUAGAGGUCCACAAGAAUAAUGACUUCCUCGGCUGCAAUUGAUUGCUUAGGCUUACAUGGUUCACUUCACUGUUGUAUGUUUUCCAACAUACAUUGAAAAAUAUUUACCAAUGCAACGCUAAGUCUAGUUUAACUGUGAAUGAAGCUAAUUUAAUUUGGAGGGGGAGCUAGCUUUUACCUUUCGUUUCUGGAGUAGAUAAUUGGAUCCAUCUUGACAACAUAGAUAGCAAAAAGAUGUGCUGUAAACAUUCUUUCAAGAGUAGAAGAUUUAACAUAAAAAAUUUGUUACAUUUCAUGAAAGCUUAGUUACUGUUAAUUUUUUUGCACACAUAGCUUUAUCAUGAAGCAUCUAGUGCCAUAAUUGGAAAUGAACAUUGAAGGCAUUCAGAAAAUGA